ACUUCUUCCCCUUCUUCCUCUCUUCAUCUUUCUCGUCUGUGCUGCUUGAAGCUUACGUUCGUGCGCUUCUUCCUCUUCGUUUCCCCCUUUUUCUCUUAUUGUGCGUGCUAUUGAACGCCUUCUUCGCGGAUUGUUUAACUCCUUCGUCUGCGCCUCGCCCGCGAAAUCAAGAAAAAUAUGGAAAGGGAGAUGAAGGCAAAAUCAUCAGUUGAGGAGAAUGGUCCAAAACGCUGCAACCCUAUUGGGGAAGGAGCGCAGAGGAGGCUGUCCAUAGUGGACUUAGUGCUGAGAGUAAUGGCAGCCAUGGCAACACUGAGCAGUGCAGUUGUGAUGGCCACAGCCAAUCAAACUCUGCCAUUUUCUACGCAGUCUUCUCAAUUCAAAGCAGACUACAAAGAUCUUCCCACCUUUACGUUCUUUGUGAUGGCAAAUUCCAUAGUUUGUGGGUACCUCUUUCUUUGUCUUCCACUAUCCAUCUUCCAAAUGGUGGAAGUUGCUGCAGUCACCCCACGGCUCAUCUUGCUCACUUUUGACACGAUGGCGAUGGCGCUUGUGGCUGCUGGCGCAUCGGCAGCAGCGUCGGUGGUCUACUUGGCUUAUCGAGGCAAUGAUGCUGCUAAUUGGGUUUCGUUUUGCACCCAAUUCAACUCCUUCUGUCAGCACAUUUCUGGAUCUUUAAUUGGCUCUUUCGGUGCAGUCUUUGCUUUGAUACUCUUGAUUAGUAUCUCGGCUACGUCUAUUUCUCGACGCCCAUCAUGAAUAUUCUUGCAAUCCUUUAAAUAAUAAACCUUAUGCCAAAAAUUUGUCUUAAACCCCACUCCCCUAGUUGUGAGAUUGUAUAAUCAUAAACAAACAAACAAUAAAUAAAA